AUGACCAUAUCGAUCAUACCAAAAUCGCUAAAAAAUAUUAGUUUCGAAAAAAUAUUUCAGCGUGAUCUAUUUUAUUUGCAAAUCUUUACAUUUCGAUUAAAAUUUUCUCUUGAAGAUUAUCAAAAUAAAAAAAUACCAUGGAUAUGGAAAACAUUUCAAUAUACCAUUUUUAUUACAUCAAAUGCAUUGGCAGCAAUAUUCUGUCUUGGAUUAUUGUCUUUAUGGCCAGAAUCUCAUCCAUUUAUGAAAUAUCAUGAUAUUGAAGCAAUACUAAAAACUGAACGUAUGGAUUUAUUUAUAUUGGCAUUAUUUAUCAUAUUAAUUAUGUUGGAAGCGUUGUUUUUACAUUUAUUAAAUGAAGUUUUAAAUUAUCGUUAUCAUGUUGGACAAUUUCUUUUGACUGUUUUAUCAUUCAUAGGAUUUGUCAUUGAAUUAUUUCAAGUGAAAUUACAAGAAUUAUUUCAACUUGUACAGAAAAUUUUUCGUCGUAAUUGGAACAAUAAGAUAUUGAAAAAAAUAUUCUGGAAUCGAUUUCAAGUUGAAUACGUGAAACUUUAUUCUGAAAUUGCUAAUUUCAAUAUAUCAUUUGGUACGAUGCUUUUGUAUUUGGAAACAAUAUCCAAAUCAUCCAUUAUAAUAUCAUGCAUGUUUUUAAGUGAACAAGAAGAGAUAAGUCAAUAUUGUAUAAUGGCAAUUGUAUCAUUAUUGUCAAUAUUUUUUUACAUAACUACUCUUUAUUCACGUGUAGCAAGAUUACCAUCGAAUAAUCGUCGGUGUUGUAAAUCUAUAAUGAGUUGGUUAGCAAGAACACAAUGGUCAUCAUCAAAAACAAAAUUUUAUCAAUCAAUUAAUGGAAGAAAAAUAAAAAUUAUAAACCGAACGACAAUCAAAUCAAAUUUGUUCGUACAGAUUAUGAGUGAAAAUAAACUUGGUUUUACAUGUGGUCAUUUAUUUUUCAUCACCAAAUUCAAAUAUAUUCAAUUAUUAUUAUUAAAUUUUACAUUGAUUAUAAAAUUUUAUAAAAAAAUUAUACAUGCAUCAAAAAUUAAGAAUCAUUAA